ACAGCAUUCUUCAGCCUAUAUAAUGUCCAGUUACUGAAACCUAUUACAUCAAACAAUUUAUACUUAACUUUCAGACAUGGCAAAGAUUUCCUCACUGCUCUUUCUGCUCGUACUUACAUUAUCUUCUGCACUCUUCUAUACUUCCCAAGGCGCUGGAAUCGCCAUCUAUUGGGGACAGAGUGGCAACGAAGGCACAUUGGCUUCCACCUGCGCCUCAGGGAACUACAAAUAUGUGCUCAUUGCUUUCUUAACCACCUUUGGCAGUGGCCGAACCCCGGUCCUAAAUUUAGCUGGCCAUUGCACUCCCAGCUCCAACGGCUGCAGAGUCUUGAGCAACGUCAUCUCGACGUGCCAGAGAAGUGGUAUAAAAGUCCUGCUCUCUCUCGGUGGUGGUUCCAACUCAGCUACAAGUAUGUCCUCUCCGGCUGAUGCAAGGCAAGUAGCUACUUACCUCUACAACAACUUUUUGGGUGGACAAUCAGCUUCUAGACCUUUCGGGAGCGCCAUUUUGGAUGGCAUAGACUUUGACAUCGAACAAGGUUCAAGUCUUUACUAUGAUGAUCUUGCGCGAGCUCUAUCAGGGUUCAGCACGCCACAGAGGAAAGUUUAUUUAUCAGCAGCACCGCAAUGUCCAAUCCCUGAUGCUAAACUAGAUGCUGCAAUAAAAACAGGACUUUUCGACUACGUUUGGAUACAGUUUUACAACAACCCUCAGUGUCAUUACACAGGCACGGCGACUAAUCUUUUGGCCAGGUGGAGGCAAUGGGCUGCUGCACUUCCUUCCCGCAGUCAGAUCUUUCUUGGAUUACCGGCAGCUUCUGCAGCAGCGCCUAGCGGUGGUUACAUUUCCCCUAGUGCAUUAAUCUCUCAGGUUCUUCCAACUAUCAAGAGGACUCCAAAGUAUGGGGGAAUCAUGCUGUGGAAUAAGCUGUAUGAUAAAACUUUCAGUUCUGCUAUCAAGAACAGCAUCUAAUGUAUUCAACCGACUAGGGAAAGACAAGUACUACUACAAAUCAAUAAAUCUGAAUGUAAUCCUGCCUUGAGUUUCGAAUAAGAUAUUUCUUAGUCAGA